UCUCUCUCACUACCAAUUAAAGUCUAUAAUCCACUUAUAAGAAUAUUUUAAAGAGUCGAAGCAAGCAAGAAGAAACUGAGCAAAUAUUAACUGUUGUGUUACAUUUAGAAAAAAAUUGCAGCUAUAGCUCUGGCAAUUGAAAAGAACUAAUGGGGAUUACUUCUCUACAAGUUUGCAUGGAUUCAUCUGACUGGUUACAGGGCACAAUUCACGAGGAUUGUGCAGCAGGAGGAGGAGGCAUGGAUUCUUCUUCUUCACCAUCUGGUGGUGAUCACAUUAACAAUCUAAUGACAUGUUCAAGGCCCAUAAUAGUAGAUCAAAGAAGACUAAGACCACCACAUGACUAUUCCAUCAAAUGUCCUCGUUGCGACUCUACCCAUACCAAAUUCUGUUACUACAACAAUUACAGUCUCACUCAACCUAGAUACUUCUGCAAGACUUGUCGUAGGUACUGGACUAAAGGCGGCACGUUAAGAAACAUCCCUGUUGGUGGUGGCUGCCGCAAGAACAAAAAAGUUUCAUCCAAAAAAUCAUCUACUAAUACUAAUGAAAGUACACCUUUAUCUACUACUACUACUAAUAAUAACAACAUUCCAGAAAUGCCCUUUCCUCAUCACUUCAUGAGUAGUACUAACUUUGGGCAUCAUGGUAAUUUCAUGCUAGAAAAUCAAGCCCCAAUUAUUGAUUUUAUGGAAAGUAAGUACGAGGCUUUAGUGGGGAGUAGUAGUACUACUACUAAUUCAAGAUUAAACCAAGAUUUAUUUCUUGGGAAUUGUGAUAAUAAUAAUAUUGGAAUGAUGAUGAUGAGUGGUAAUAGUAGUACUACUGGAUUUGUUCAUGAUAAUAAUAUUGUUGCCACAAAUUAUCCAUUUGGAAUAACGAGUACUAUGGAUAAUAUUGGGAACAAUUUUGGAAUGUUGUUACCAUAUGAAGAUCAUCAUCAUGAGGAAGUACAAAAUAUUAAUGCAGUUGAUGUGAAGCCAAAUCCCAAAAUUUUGUCAUUGGAAUGGCAUGAUGAUCAAUUAGGUGGCAACAAAGAAUCGUCAUUUGGGUAUUAUUCUGGUAAUGGCGGCCUAGGAUCUUGGACGGGUUUGAUGAAUGGUAAUUGUUAUGGAUCAUCAGCAACAAAUCCUUUAGUUUGAAAAUUAAUUAAGUUUAGGGUUUCAUGUUAAUGCUAUGAGUGCAAGUUAAAGAGUAUUUACCUCUUCUUAAAUUUUGCAUAAACUCCUUUUUGGAGUGAAAAGUGUGUUUGCUCUCUCUAACUUUUUAUCCAUGUUGAGGACUUUUGGUGUGAAGAAGAGUCCAGAGAUUUUACUAUUAAAAUUUGCUUUUUAGUUAUUCUCAAAUCUUUAUUUUGUUGGGCUGGAAGGUAUUCAUAGUUGUUGCCUUUUUGGCUUGUAAA